ACCGAAACGCAAGGCGGCACUCCGGUUGUUGACCCCGCCCCCGCCCCUGCCCCCGCCGUCGCCGCCGCCGGGUCUCCCUUGUCCUGCUCACCGCUGUUCAUCACGCCCCUCAGGUGGAAACAGAGAGUGAAUUCCAGGCCUACAUAGCAGGGCAGUCCCACCGAACCCUCUUCUUCUGCCUCGUGAUUAGAGCACUGGCAGCAACCGCAUCAUGAAAGGUUUGAGGGAAGGCGAUCCGAUAUGCAUCAGUGACAGCGAAGAAACAGUUCAAAUGGAAACCAAUGGAUUGUCUCUCAAGACUCAGGAAAUCGAGUCAAAAAGAAAGUGGGAGACAGCCGCAGACCUCAGCCGCCGCUUUUGCAGUAACCAACAUGAAAGCCCAUGGGAAGGCGGUACAGCGAAGCACAUCGCAUGCCAUUCCUCUGGGUACCAAGGCCACUCUUCGCAAGAGUGGCCUCCAUGGAAUGAUGGUUCACUCACUACCACGCUAGGAGAAGUACUGACCCCCGACAAGUCUAGUCCAAUAUUCAUAGCAUGUAAAACAAAAAACCCAAGGAAGAGAAGGAUAUGCUUUACAUGUCGUGAAGAAGGUCACUAUGACCGUCAGUGUCCUCAAAAGUUAAGAGCUAAGUCUGCCAACCUGUCAAAAGUAGUAGAAGAGUGGCCUCCACGGAAUGAUGGUUCACUCACUACCUCGCUAGGGAGGCAAAGCUGUAACCAACAUAAGAGUCCAUGGGAAGGCGGCACAACGGAGCACAUCGCAUGCCAUUCCUCUGGGUACCAAGGCCAAUAUUCGCAAGAGUGGCUUCUAUGGAAUUAUGGUUUGCUCACUACCUUGCUACGGUGGCAAAAAGAUUUCCGCUUUUUCAGUAACCAACAUGAAAGUCCAUGGGAAGGUGGCAAAACAGAGCACAUCGCAUGCCAUUCCUCUGGGUACCAAGGCCACUAUUCGCAAGAGUGGCCUCCAUGGAAUUACGGUUCGCUCACUACCUCACUAGGGAAGCAAAAAGAUUUCCACUUUUGCAGUAGUCAACGUGAAAGUCCAUGGGAAGGCGGCAAAACAGAGCAUCAGGACAAAAUGAUUGGGAUAAUCACUUGUUUGGUUUGUGGCAAGGAAGGACAUUACAGUUGUGACUGCCCUUUCAAGGAUCAGGAGCACAAAGUCAUUUGCACACUCUGUAGCAAAAAUGGUCACUGUAGCAUGUGGUGUUGCCAGCAGAACAAGUCGGAGAGUCGCGCCUGCACCCGCUGUGGAGAGAUAGGGCAUAGUGCUAGUACACAUGGCCUCGGUUGCUCAAGCUGUGACGAAUAUCAUCUGGAUGGAGAGUGCCGACUGAGCGAAGUUAAAUGCUUUAUUUGUGAAUGUCAGGAUCAUUAUCUUGCUCAGUGCCCCUUGAACUUCCAAGGUGCUCUGCGCCUUGCACUAUCAAAACGAGGCAGCACAUCAUCUACACCUGCCAAGUGUUCUGCAAAAUCAGAAGGAAAAGUACUUAGAGCCGAUGGGUCUAGUCCAGUUUGCUUUACAUGCCGUGAAGAAGGUCACUUUGCCUUUCAAUGUCCUCAGAACAGCCCCAGCCUGUCCGAAGAAUUUGAAGAGAGCAGCACUAUAUCUACUGCCGUCAACCUGUCCAAAGAAGUAGAAGACCAGGACCCUGGUACUGCCAAACAAUCAUCAGAAAUGAAGCCGAUAUUGUAUGAUCGAUGUUGCCCCUCAAAAGCAAAAGUACUGAACCCCAACAAGUCUAGUCCAAUAGUUAGAACAUGUAAAACAAAAACAGAAGGGGAGAAAAGGAUGUGCUUUACAUGCCGUGAAGAUGGUCACUAUGCCCGUAUGUGUCCGCAGAGGUUCGGAGCUAUAUCUGGCAACACGUCAAAAGAAGUAGAAGAGAGCAGCACUAUAGCUACAUCCUCCGACAUGUCCAAAGUAUUGGAAGAACAGGACCCUGGUACUGCUGAACAUUCAUCAGAAAUGAAGUGGGUUCUUCGAUGUGUUAGCUGUGGUCAGGAAGGGCACAGGGCCAGGAGCUGUCCAACACGAGUGUUUAUAUGCUCCUUAUGCAAUGAAGAAGGCCACAAAGCCAAGAAAUGCCCUCAGAAGCGCCAGAAGCGUUAAGACUGCCGCACCAAAAGCUACCGGUUAAGCAAACAGUGAUACACACUAUACAUGUCGUUACAUUUUUUCUUACGGUGAUCUAACCUACAAUCGACAUGUUUCUUGUGAUACUCUAGCCAUUGCUUAACCAAGAAGUGGACACACAGGUAAAAGAUGGCCUCAGCAGAAUAGGUGGUAUGUUGUCAAAAUCAAUGUGGACGCCUCCUUCGAUGAGGAUAGUUUUACAGGCACUACUGGGGUAGUGAUCCAAUAUAACAAAGGAAGGUUCAUGGCAGCAAAAAAAUUCAAAAUAGACUCGCUGCUUGAUGUUUUGUUGGCGGAAGCAUUAGCACUUACAGAAAGUAGCCGCGGUGAGUGGUUGCCACCAGGUAGUGGUAGUCGCCGGCCCGAACAGCGGGAGCUUUUUGUGGAGGAAGCGGCCGGUGUCGCUGUUCAGGAGGAGAAAUUUCCCCUGGCUCCGAGGCGAUUCGGCGAUGAGGCGGAGGAGCUCUGGCGGGAGCGUGGACCACCAUCUCGGCCAGUCCUCGGUCGUCAUGGCCGGCGGGAGCGUGGACCAUCUCAGAGUGUUGCUUUUUUUCAGAGAUGCGUCAAACAGCUUCAGUUAAGUGCGCCACACAAAUUAAAGCUACAGCAGAAUCUCUCUUGCUCAAUGCCACCAUCCAUCCAUCCAACAAGAGGGUUGACAUCAUAUCAGAUGAGAUCAUGGCCAUGGAUCAUGGAUGCAUGGCCAACUUAGGUGGUAGCAGGAGAAGAAGGUACGGACCUCAGACGCCGACGG